GCAGUCAAAUCUCUCAGAACAGUUUUUGUACACUCGCACAGCGGUCACAUGACCCAGUGAGACGUUGACAUGAGCACACAGAAAGCGGAGGUCCAACUGGCAACAAGAUUUUGUCUUUUGUCCCUCCACCCCCUACCCCACCACCACUAACACCAAACAGGGGGCUAGGGCACACUCCUUCGAUGGCUGAGUUCCUGCGAGGAUACACGUCAAACCACAACGCUGGGAGCUUACCAGUCGGACAGAGCUUCCAGUAGGUCAACAUAGAUCGACUCUUGAACAGUCGAUCUAGUCUCUCCUGGCUCUCCUAUAAGGUUUGCAUAUGAAAUGGUACGCGAGGGACCGGUCGAGCAUGAGGCGGCGUGUUCCUCUUUGAGGGUUACAGACAGACAGCGAGAGGGUCGGAGAAGUCGACGACGGGAAGACGGAGCUCCAGAGAGAGGGUUGGGAGACCAGUUCUACAAGGACGCCAUCGAGCAGUGCCGCAGCUACAACGCCCGCCUGUGUGCCGAGCGCAGCGUGCGCCUGCCCUUCCUGGACUCCCAGACGGGAGUGGCGCAGAACAACUGCUACAUAUGGAUGGAGCGGCAUCAACGCAGCCCCGGUGUGGCGGCCGGCCAGAUGUACACCUACCCCGCCCGCUGCUGGAGGAAGAAGAGACGGCUCCACACGGCCACAGACCCCCGCCUCGGCCUCUACGGCCUCCAGCUCGAUGGCAGUCUCAUGUCUAAGGACUCGCUGCCCACGCAGAGCACCACCCUGGAGGCCCUGCUGCGCGGAGAGGGUCUGGACAAGAGGAACAACUCCAAAAACGACGAGGAGAGCUUGCUGGAAAUUCAGAGGGUUCUGGAGGCGGACGCGGCGGAGGACGUCUUCAACGACGACGACGACUACGAGGUCGACACGCCCAAGAGGAGACACAGAGGCAAAGGAAGGGGCCGGGGCUCGGGCCGACGGAGGACGGACGUGGACGACCAGGACAAGCCGUACGUCUGUGACAUCUGCGGGAAGCGCUACAGGAACCGGACGGGGCUCAGCUACCACUACACCCAUUCCCACCUGGCCCACGAGCAGCAGCGGCCCGGGGACAGCACCGCCGCCGCCGCCACCGCCCGAUCCCCCUCCACAGCGCGUUCAGACAGGCACAAACGUCUGAAGGGUCCAGUCCCAGCUGGCAUUCCCAAUAACUACUGCAAUAAGUGCAAGGGCUCCGUCAGGAAAACGGGUAAAUCCGGGUCGGCCUGCUCCGCCUGCCACCGCAAAACUGACCGCGGGGAGGCGCCGGGAGCGGGCGGGGCAGCGGCCGGGGCGGAGGAGCUGUUUGGCACCACCUCGGAGAGCGACGCUUCCACCUUCCACGGGUUCGAGGACGACGACCUGGAGGAGACCGCCGCCGCCGCCGCCACCGCCGCCGUCGCUAACGGCAACGCAAUAUCCACCCGCUACAGAUAGAGACGAGCUUUUCCCCACACAAACAGAGACCUUUUUUUUAAAGAAAGUAUAUGUAUCUAUCUAUAUGUAUCUCCACGGAUAUAUAUGUAGAUAUAUAUAUGGAUGUCCUCUGGCAAAUUCUGCUGCUUCUUUUUCAAUGUUUUUUUUAUGUUUUGUUUGUUUGCAGAAAGCACAAAGUGGUGAUUUCAGGACGUUAUUUUAUCUACUGAACAAUGUUGAAUAAUUUAUGAACUCUUCCUUUUUUUUCUAAUAUAUAUUAACUCUGAAAGGCGAUGAUCUGCUCUCGGGCCGUUUGUCGGGCGAAGUUGCGAAUUCUAAAUCUAGAUCUUUGGAGAUCUUUUUUUUUUUCUCCACUGGAGCAGAAGGAGCAAAGUACGACGAGAUGAACAAAAAGACAAGAAAACAAAUCUAUUAAAAAAAAAAAAAACACUGGAACAUUAGAAUAGAAAUCUGCUUCUCCAUUCUGGAUCGAGAAUCCAGAUAUACAAAGGACUUCGAUGUUAUCCGAAACCUGACAUGGACAGACAUCAUGACGGAUGAACAGCAGUCCCAAGGAACCCUUUCUCUCCAGCUCUGAGAUUGUACUGUAAAAAAAACAACAAAAGAAAAAAAAGAUAAAGUGAAGGAACAAACUAAAUGGUUGGCCACAGACCACUGGAACAUAGACGCAGAAUAACAAAAACCACAGCCCUUGGAUGAUGAAGACACACACACACACACACACACACACACACACACACACACACACCCCCCACUCUUUCUUCUUUCUUUCUUUCUCUCUUCUUCUCCAUCUAUCUAUCUAUAUCUCCCUCUUUCUAUCCUGGACUUGCGGCUCCUGAGGGACGGGGCCACUCUUGAGCCUCGUUGGUCCAGGUGAACGUGUCCCUAAUGGAGCCGUGGGUCACGUCAUCGCGUGGACGCAGGGCAGCUUUGGCUUUGCAAAACCAAAAGGACGGCCGCUUCUGCUCUUCUCCUCCAGGCAUGUAGAUGCAGCUGACAAAACACUUAAACCUUACUUUGAUUUUGAAAACGCUCAUUCUUUCUCUUCCUUACCGGGAAGUUUGCGGAAACAACGCUUUUAUUUUGCUGCUGCUGCUGUUGUUGUUGUUGUGGGCCAAGCGAUUCCUGGAGGUUUAUGGUACUCCCGGGAACCAAACUAGCUGAGAGUCGGGACAGUGUGUGUCGUGUUGAGGAGCAACCAGGUGCUGUGGCGUGUGCCCCCCCCCCCCCCCUUCCCCCCUCAGCCAUGCCCUAAGGUCAAAGGUCGCAGGUCAGGAGGCGGAGAUUGGACAGCCAUGUGAACUGAUACGAACCCCUCCAGAACCACGUGGACCCGUCUGGGACCACGAACCACACGCCACCGGACAGCGGGAGGUUCUGAAGUGUUUCUCUCCAGCCCAUGGUUCACGUGCGCCGCAUCGGAGCUCUGACGGCGUCCUCUGGUCUCUCCAAGAAGCUGUGCAUGCGACUCGGGGCGGGCUCUCUGUCUUACUGGUCGGACCCAAUCCCCCAACCUCCCCUGCACUCUCAUCCGGUCUGACGCCGGGACGUCCCUACGAGCCGA